AGGCAUAGGUAAGACAUGCCAGAGCCCACACAAGUGUUUCCUCCUUUUCCAAGGAGUCAUCUGCACAAUGCCUUGGGAUCACCCUGCCUCAGUGACCUGAGGAGGCAGCAAGCCUCUCCAAUUUAUCAUGGCAGCCUCAUCUCACUCUACCUCUGCCUCCAGAUGUUCAUAUUGGUUGCAGGAGCGUUUCAAGUCAAGGGGCCCCAUGAACCCAUGGUGGCCAUGCAUGGUGGUGAAGCUGAUCUGUCCUGCAUCCUUAAGCCUCGUCAAAAUAUUAAAAAUAUGAAAAUAAGCUGGAUCCGGACCCUCCCCUCCCAGGUGGUGCAUCUGUACGAGGAUGGGCGGGACAAGCCUGAGAAAGCCAUGGGAGAGUAUUUAGGGAAGACAGAGCUUUUGAAAAAUGCCAUGAAUAAGGGGAUCGCAGUCCUGAGAAUCCUCAAUGUCCAACCCUCUGACAGUGGACAGUAUCGCUGUGCAAUCCAACAUGGCUCCUUCUACAGUGAUGCAGUGAUUGAGCUGAAAGUGGCAGCUCUGGGCUCACAUCCUCAGUUACUUGUGGAAGUAACUAAAUGCCAACAACUCCGAUUAGAGUGCAAGUCAGAGGGCUGGUUCCCUCGGCCAAAGGUCCAGUGGAUGGACUCUGAGGGAGGAGAAAUUCCAGCUGAGUCUGAGACUUAUACCCAGGACAAAGGUGGCUUGUUCCAUGUAACAACAUCACUGUUCCUCAGAGAAACUUCUCAGAAGAAUCUGACAUGUUCUGUCCGGAACCCAGUUCUAAAUCAAAAAAAGGAAGAGCAAUUGUCCAUAGCAGGAGUAUUCCAAGUCCAGGGGCCUCAUGAACCCUUGGUGGCCAUGCUGGGUGGUGAAGCUGAGCUGCCCUGCUUCCUCUUGCCUCCUCAAGAUGUUAAAAAUAUGGAAAUAAGAUGGAGCAGAUCCCUGCCCUCCCAAGUGGUGUACCUGUAUGAGGAUGGGAGGGACAAGCCUGAGGAAGCCAUGGAGAAGUAUUUAGGGAGGGCAGAGCUUGUGAAAAAUGUCAUGCAUAAGGGGAUAGUGGUUCUGAGGAUCAUCAAUGUGCAGCCUUCUGACAAUGGGCAGUAUUGCUGUGCAUUCAAAAAUGGUUCCUUCUACAGUGAUGCAGUGAUUGAGCUGAAAGUGGCAGCUCUUGGCUCAUAUCCUCAGUUCCACAUGGAAGUCACUGAAUCGCAACAAGUCCGAUUAGAGUGCAAGUCAGAGGGCUGGUUCCCUCAGCCAAAGAUCCAAUGGAUGGACUCUGAGGGAAGAGAAAUUCCAGCUGAGUCUGAGACUCACACACAGGACAAAAGUGGCUUGUUCCAUGUAAAAAUAUCACUGCUCCUCAGUGAAACUUCUCAGAAGAAUCUGACAUGUUCUGUCUGGAACCCUGUUCUGAAUCAGAAAAAGGAAGAGCAAUUGUCCAUAGCAGGAGCAUUCCAAGUCCAAGGGCCCCAUGAACCUUUGGUGGCCAUGCUGGGUGGUGAAGCUGAGCUGCCCUGCUUCCUCUUGCCUCCUCAAAAUGUUAAAAAUAUGGAAAUAAACUGGAACAGAUCCCUACCUUCCCAUGUGGUGCACCUGUAUGAGGAUGGGAGGGACAAGCCUGAAGAAGCUAUGGCGGAGUAUUUGGGGAGGACAGAGCUUGUGAAAAAUGUCAUGCAUAAGGGGAUAGUGGUCCUGAGAAUCCUCACUGUCCAACCCUCUGACAGUGGGCAGUAUUGCUGUGCAUUCAAAAAUGGCUCCUUCUACAGUGAUGCAGUGAUUGAGCUGAAAGUGGCAGCUCUCGGCUCACAUCCUCAGUUCCAUGUGGAACUCACUGAGUCCAGACAAAUGCAAGUGGUGUGCAAGUCAGAGGGCUGGUUCCCUCAGCCAAAGGUCCAAUGGAUGGACUCUGAGGGAAGAGAAAUUCCAGCUGAGUCUGAGACUCACACACAGGACAAAAGUGGCUUGUUCCAUGUAACAGCAUCACUGCUCCUCAGUGAAUCUUCUCAGAAGAAUCUGAUAUGUUCUGUCUGGAACCCUGUUCUGAAUCAGAAAAAGGAAGAACAAUUGUCCAUAGCAGUUGCUGAGCCCAUCAGAACAACAAUCAAUAGAAGAGUGGGUAUAGUUUUGGCAGCAUUUCUGAUACUCCUGACUUCCAUCAGACUUUAUUUGAAAAUCCCGCUCAAAAACAGGUCCAAAAAUAGAAGCCGUAAACAGCAGAACGACACCCACCAUCACAUCCAGCAGUCCGUCCCUCCUGUGACCACGGACUAUGCCACAGCCCCUGCAGAUCACAGGGAAUUUUAUGCUGAGUCCAACCCUGAGGGUGCCAGUGCCAAUGCCCCCGGGCCUGCCAUCCUGGCCUACACCUGUGUUGCUGCCACCAACCCUGACCAGGAUGGUGCCAGCAUGGACCCACCCAGGACCGCCCUUGGCAAUGUUGCCAUUGGAAGAGACAACCCCAAGGCCACCUAUGCUGACCUUUACCCAGAAGCUGCCUGUACCUACCUACCUGGGAUAGCCCCUACUAAUCAGGAGGACCACAAUACCAACCUUGACCAGGAUGGUGCCAGCACCCACCUGCCUGGGGACGCCCUCUACAACCCCACCCCCAAGGCCACCAAAGCAGACCUUGACCCAGAAGCCGCCUGCACCUACCUGCCAGGGGUGGCCCUAGCCGAGGCCUAUGACACCCUCUACUCCAACACUUCCAAAGCUCCUGUGAUGGUUCGGCUCUGGUCCAAAUAUGACCUCGAGAAGAAGGUGGAACUCUGUGGCAGUAAGAAGAGAUUCACCGACCUGCCCAUCGGUCCCUAUUUGCAAGAGGGUCCUGUGGGAAUUGUCCAGUGCAAACUCACGAAUAAGCUGCAGCCAGACAGGUAAUCUUUUCUGUCAAAGGGAGGAGUUUAGGCCACCUCCAUUUUGGCUCCCUAACUUGCCACUCCCCUGGGGGUGGCCAUUUUGAAAUGGCAAAAGUCAACCCAUCCCCUUUCCCUUUAAAUUAGCCAAUCACACAAGACUGGGAGCCUAAGUCUUCCAAUCAAGAGUGAGGAACAGGGACUAGCCUGGUGGGCUGCUGUCAAGGGGGUCUGAGGCACGGGAAGGGGCUGGGACCACAAUUCAGUGGGCCCCCUGCAGCUGCCACCAAAGCACAAAACACAGGUGCCUCAUUCUUGUGCCAAACUCCACCUGGGCCCCCAGGCAACCUUUCUCCUCUUGUGCCUGUGGUCACAGGGACUGCUGGCUCCCCCAGGCCUGAGGUCCUGGUCCCUAGGAGCCCUCCACUGAUUCCUGUGAAAAUUAGGGAGCAGACAGGGCCUGGUUCAUUGCCUUUCGGAUGAAGAUGGAUAGGCCUGUAUACAAGUCAGAGCCAGAGGGUGUGAGACUCACAGCCCACAGGAGUCAUGGACCUGGGUCUCCCUGCAGUACCCAUCCUAGACUCCUGAAAAGCAGGGCCCCUUUGCUCUCAAACCCAUGGUUUAGUGACAACGUGCCUUCCCUGUGGUCAUGGGCACCCAGGACCCCAAGGAGCUGUCCCUGGCCUGAUGAGUCGGUACGACAGGCCUCUUCAUGUGUUAUAUGUGCAAUAAAUGGGACAGAUGCCCCCACAACCUGAGCAAUAGGCCAUAGGUGAGCCCCAUCACCCAUCCAGCUAGCCUGGGGAGGACCCUUGCCCUGCUCCUGGUCCCUGAGAACCAGCGAGCAGAGGGCACUGUUAUGGGCAUUCCCAUAUGUGUGCCCCUCAAGUGUCCCAGCUGGGGUCCCCUUAACCCUCAUUAACCAGUCACUGUAUCCCUCAGUGUUAUCCUGUAACCUGUCAGGCCCCGAGGGAGUUUCUUUGUCAUUGGCAUGAAGACCUAUGGGUGUCUCCUCUGCCGUAAUGCCUCGUGAGUGUUCAUGCCUUCCAGUAUUGUAAAGUGUAUCCAGUAUGUAAAUGAAUGUUCCAUACACCCUGAGUACAGCAGAGUUCUCUGCCCCCUUAAUAUCUCUAUCCAGAGUAUAAUAUACUAUUAACCUUGAUUU